AUGCGCACCUCUCCGCCUCCCACACCCUCCCACAGUGCGGUCGGUCAUUCUAAUACCCAGUUAAUACAUGGAUAUGCAGUACGAAGGAUAAACUGUAACAAAGGGUCUGCGCCAUAUAUAAACUCCCCGGAGGAUCAUCUUCUCAGUUCGCUUCGUGUCUUCGGUUACAGCAAUAUGAAUUGCCACCAGUUGGCCAAGCUGGUCUUGGUGCUGUCGUGCAUCGGCAGCGAUGUCCUGGCGGGUCUUCUGCCGGGGGGUGGCGCAGGUGCCGGGGGAUAUCAGUACAAUCGACCAGGCGCGGGCGGCGGUGGUUUCGCGGGUAGAGGAUACGCGGGUGACUUCGGUUUCGGGGGUGGCGGCCGCGGUGGCGACUUCGCGGGCAUCGGCAGGGGGAGACCCAGCCAAGCUUACGGUCCACCCGGUGGUGGCGACUUUGGCAGACCGGGUGCAGCCGGAGGAUUCGGAGGGCAACCGUCGUAUAGACAUCCGCAGUUCGGCGAGGGCGGCAGCGGUGGAUACCAAGAUGGUGGUGCCGGAGGAUACCAAGGAGGAUAUGGAUACGGCGGACGCGAUGAAGGAAGGCCGCAACCGUACAGCUUCCAAUAUGAAGUCGUCGAUCCGCCGAGCGGCAACGAUUACUCUCAGCGCGAGAGCAGCGACGGUAAUGUCGUUCAAGGAGAGUACAGAGUUCUGUUGCCGGACUCGAGGACGCAAAUUGUUCGGUACAUGGCUGACGAUGUAAAUGGAUACAACGCGGAGGUUCAGUACGAAGGACAGGCUCAAUAUUCUCGUGGUGGUUUGGGAGGAUACGGAGGAGGCGGAUAUCAAGGUGGCGGUUAUCAAGGAGGCAGAGGUGGCGGUUUCGGUGGACCUGGAAAUGGUUUUGGAGGCGGUUUCGGUGGCGACGGUGCCAGCAAUCAAUAUUUGCCACCGCAUAAUUAUCACAAAUAACCGUUGGACACGGGCUACCUUACCAAAAUAUGGCAUGUACCGCGUGCAUUUCCGGCGACAACCAUCACGGACCUCCCUCGUUUACGGCUUUUAUUCUGAAUACGGUAAUCCUUCGCUCACACACGAGACACGAACCCUCUCCCGAUAGUCCCGAUCACCUAUGCGUCCACGAAUCACUUUCACCUAUAUUUAACGAUUACACAAGGACUAAUUAGGAUAACUUCAUAUGCAUGCAUGAGUGUAUGUAUUUAUAUAUAUGAUAUAUACAUAAUUUUGUACAUGAUAACUGUAUUAUCAAACAUACGCUUGUAUCUUCUGCUAAGCGAUUAUCAAACUCUUAUGUUAUGUACGUAUUUAUACGAGCUUGUAGUAAAACAUGAAUGAAGUAUUCUUUCUACUUAA